GCGAAGUUUAAUUAAAUUGGGCCGACAACAACACCACAACGACCAAGGCCAACUAUUUUCUUGCGAACACUCACUCUGGGACCACCAACGUGUAGCAUCUAGUAUUAGCCAAAACAACGCAUCGCCGCUCUCUACUUUUCGCCGGCGCACUCAUGUCUUAUGUCCAUCCCUGCGCCUCGCAUUCCACCACACAUUCUAGCCUCUUCUCCCCCAAUCCCCGACUCAUCUCGUUCUUUGUUGCAGUCAACUCCAUACUCUAGCCCGAUCCCACACUUGGCGCUCUCAUGAAGUCUUCAGGCCUCGCCGCUCAUUCGUAUCACCGCGAACACGUUCAGACAGGCCAUGGCGGAUUCGAUAUCCGCCACGCCGCAACGACGCUCCUCAUCGCGGGCCUCCUCAUCCUCUCGCAGAAGCCAGAAGGUUAACAUCACUAGCAACAACAAACCCGGCCGGCCAAAGCAAGCCAAGCGUCUUUCUGGACUAUCGACCGCCUCGUCAAACACUGCAACAACCGCUGAUCUGACCUCGUUUCCUUCUCUGUCGCCCGAUGACUCCGCCGAGGGCCUUCGCAGUCACCAAGCCUUGAAUCAUGGCUCCAAUCAAAUACUGUCAGCAGAGCCCGAUGAUAUAGAAGAUAUCUCUUUCGAUGCGAGACGUGACCGAAGAGCAGCUUUGGAUAGACUCACGUCGACAUUGUCACAAGGGUCUGGUCGCGCCGCCUUGUUUGACGACUCAUUUCUGACGAUGGACGUUCCUGGAGCACUACACUUGGCUGACGCUGCGCACAUAGAACUGCUAUUGGAGCGAAGCGGUGCUGUCGCCGUGGUGAGACAAUAUGCCCGUGACCUUGCGAUUAGAGACGCGGAAAUUUCGAAACUACGGCGGAGGGCCGAUAUGCGAGAGAGGGAGCUUAAGAAAAUGCUUCGCGAGGCGGGAGUUUCGAGCCAGGAUAUCGAAAGGCGUCUAUAUGAGCUAGAAAACCCGUCGUCUUCGAAAGCCGAGUCCAUUGUUGAGGAUGUCAACGAGUCGUCCUCCAAGCUGCCGCUUCUAAAAUCUAGCAUCAAUGGUCUCAUGGACCAGGCUAUGCUGGAUCCCGUUGGGGAGGACGAAUCAGACAACGCUGAUCUACAAGCGACUCUGCGGCCGCACCGCAACGACAGUGACUCCAAAUCAGGUACCUCUAGUAUUGACUCUGGCACCCAGCGGAAACAGGGAACAGUGCGUAUGUGGCAAGACUACAUCUUUGGAAGCACCAACGCCAGCCGCAAGACCAGUCGCGCUAGCAGUGUAAUAUCUGACAUUGAUGAUCUCGACGAAGCCACGGGCCGUACACAGCUAUCCGGAAAUCCUACUUCUGGGCGCCGGAAGGGACUUGAUGAAAAGCUUUUUCAACCUCCGGACAGCCGUUCCACAUCGUCAGGGAGAAUCACAGAUCCUAAAAAUGGCGAUGCUUCGAGUAUACAAUCACGGAGAUCCUCGAGAUCCGUCGCUUCAUGGACGGUCAAGCUAUUUGCAGGCGGUUCCCAGACCAAAGAUUUGCCUGGUCCUUCGAAUAACGACCGCAGCAGGGCCUCUUCACUAGGCCAAGAUAAGCUCAAAAAUAACGCAAGAAAUGCUACCAGCUCAUCUGUGAAAGGCAGCCUUUCUGCUGUCGCCGCUCUGAAGCGCAUCAACAGUUAUAGCGGCUCCAAUACCUUACCGGGUACUUCUUCUGCACAAAUAGGUACCAGCAAGGCUCCUCAACGCCGAGUGACGGGUGUCAGCUCACCACAUGGGUCGAAUGCAGACCGCAGUGAUAGUACCGCAGUCACAAAUCUCGGUCCUGUUGAGAUGGAUGCAAUUUUGCCAAUGGAGUCUCGGCCGCCGACACUCACUGGAAUCUAUGGUAAUUACCAGUCUGGUGAGCUGCUCACAGACCGCUUCGGCUUCAUCUAUGACCAGCGUCGCAAAAAACGGCAAAGGGAAGCAGUCAAUCUUAAGAAAAAGGCCAAUCGAACUAGUAUGGCAGAGACUAUCAACAGCUAUCGCAGUGAAGAUCCAACCGACGACGACGAUGGAACCCCGGAGCAGCAGCAAGAUGGCGGACUUCCCCCGGACUACUCUGGAACUCCAAUAUCUAUAGAGGAGGCCGGCAAUGAUGGCCCGAUAACGAGACGGUGGCAGGACUAUCUACGAAUUGCCACAAGACCAACAGAACUUUUAUCUCACACUCCUUCGACAGCCCCUAUUAUUGGUGUUAAUACGUCAGACAGGCUUCCGAAGAAGCAAGGUUCUUCAGUUGCUCUUGAUAAAGAUGGGGCCCUUUCUGUCAGCUCAAGUUCACAGCCUACGGCUUCAACCUCUACCAUUGUGGCUGAUAACCCAGAGUUUUCCAAUGCAGCUGCCCGUCAAACCACAACUACAAUCAUGACUUCGAACGAACAAGAACCGGUGAAGAUGCUUUUGGAGCAACUUACAGAGCUCCAUGAUGCUCUCCAACGGGAAAGAACCACGAAAUGGAGCGAGUUUCUUCGCAAGGUUCGUGCCGAGCGUCGUCGAGAAGGAGAAGUGGCCGCAGCCAUGGAUCCAGAUCGAGCAAAUUUGUCCCUUAGCAUGCCGGAAGCUACACUCGCCGAUGGUGAAGUUGUGGGUAUCGCAGGCCUAGGCAACAAGGGCAAAGUCGGCCGGAACAAGUGGCGUGAGUUUCGGUCACUGGUGCUUUCGGGUAUCCCCGUCGCCCAUAGACCAAAAAUCUGGGCUGAGUGCAGUGGUGCUUCAGCGAUGCGCAUUCCUGGCUAUUACGACGAUCUUGUAAAGGGGGUCAGUGCAGUGGAUGUUGAUCCCACAAUAGUAGCUCAGAUCGAUAUGGACAUCCACCGAACUCUGACCGACAACGUAUUCUUCCGCAAAGGCCCUGGUGUGGCAAAACUACGUGAUGUUCUGCUGGCCUAUUCGCGUCGCAACUCUGAGGUAGGAUACUGCCAAGGAAUGAACCUCAUCGCUGCAUCCCUACUUUUGAUCAUGCCGACGGCAGAGGACGCUUUCUGGAUUAUGACAUCGAUGAUCGAAAACAUACUGCCUCAGCAUUACUAUGAUCAUGGCCUUCUCGCCUCUAGAGCUGACCAGCAGGUCCUGCGUCAGUACAUCACAGAAGUUCUCCCCAAAUUAUCCACCCAUUUAGAUGAGCUUGGUAUUGAAUUGGAGGCGUUAACCUUCCAGUGGUUCUUAUCCAUAUUUACAGACUGUCUGUCUGCGGAAGCACUAUAUCGUGUGUGGGAUGUAGUACUUUGUCUCAAUGUUACAAGCACAAUUCACAACGGCACCCCUGGUGGCACCAAUACUGCGGUCAGUCGCGAAAAAGGUUCCUCAGCCAAUGGAAAUGACACAACGAAGGAUGUCGAAGCUGAAGCGGCAGCGAGUGGAGGUGGUAGCACGUUUUUGUUCCAAGUCGCUCUCGCUUUACUCAAGCUUAAUGAGCAGCAGCUGCUCACUACUUGUUCCACUCCUGCUGCAGUCUACACUUAUGUGAAUCAUCAAAUGACGAACCAUGCUAUUAGCAUUGAUGGUCUUAUACAAGCGAGUGAGGCCCUAAGGAAUGUCGUUCAUAAAGAAGAUGUUGUGGCCAGACGCGCCGCCGCGCUACGCCAUAUGAAAAAUAACAGAUACUCGUAUCAAAACUCCGAAAGUGGGGACAUUAUCGAUGCUCACGCAGGAGAGACAUGAAUACCAGCUAUACUAUUCUUUUCUUCAAUUUUCGCAACACUGACUUUUUUCUACCUGUUUUUGGUUUGAUGCACCAGGCGGCAGUUUUUUGUUUCGUUCAUUUUCGUUCAGACAUGAAAGCACAGAUCAAGCAUACAGAGAUACCCACUCCUUCUAAUAUAGAUUUGUUUUGUUUUUUUAUGCAUUGGUGUUUGCAUGGAGCAUAUUGACGGGGUUCGAGGCAUGCCUGAUGAAGCAUUUGAGCUACCGAUGAUGAGAUUGAAAACUUGGCUUUUAGGAUGGAGUGACCCUUUUAGAUCU